GAUGAAUAUAAUGAUUUGAUCCAAAACUAGAAGCAAACAUUAAUGGGUUGAUUCAUGAUUGACAUUUUUUUUAAAAGAUGAGAAAAAAAAAAGGUUAGAUUGCUUUUUGAACAAAGCAAAAUAAAUCAUUAUAUUCCUGUUGGGAUUCAAUCCGCCAUUGAUUAAAAUUUAAAAGAAGAUCCCUUGACCUCUUGAGAAGAAGAAGAAGAACAACCACUGAUCUCCAGGAGUCCUUGUCGUUACAACAUAAAAGGUACUGAUCUUGAGCUUCAAGUUUGGAAUCUGAAUAAAGAUUUGAUGGGAGGAGGGAACUCUAAAGAAGACUGGAGGCAAGAGCCGCCAUCAUCAUCAUCAUCAUCAUCAUCAUGGGCUUCUCAUCAAAGUUAUCCUCAGUCUGGACCAGGCAGCUACAACUAUCCUCCUCCACCCUCUUAUUCUCCAGCUCCCAGCUUUGGUGGUCAGCCGCCUUCUUAUAGUCAAGAAGAGCAGGGCUAUGCUUAUCCUUAUCCUCCCCCACGGCCACAACCACAGCCUUCACAGACUCAUGCUGCUCCUUCUGAUAGAAAAAAGUUUGAUCGGAGGUAUUCCAAAAUAUCUGAUAAUUACGCUUCUUUAGAUCAGGUGUCAGAGGCUCUAGGGCGUGCAGGUCUUGAAUCUUCUAAUCUAAUCCUUGGUAUUGAUUUCACCAAAAGCAAUGAGUGGACAGGAGCCAAGUCCUUCAGUAAGAAAAGCUUGCAUCAUAUCAGCAAUACUCUCAAUCCUUACGAGCAAGCUAUCACUAUCAUUGGAAGGACCUUAGCCGCCUUUGACGAGGACAACUUGAUUCCUUGUUUUGGUUUUGGUGAUGCAUCAACUCAUGAUCAAGACGUGUUUAGUUUCUAUCCAGAGGGUAGAUCCUGUAAUGGAUUUGAACAAGUUUUGGCUCGCUACAGAGAUAUUGUACCUCACCUAAAACUCGCAGGACCGACAUCUUUUGCACCCAUCAUUGAAAUGGCGAUGAGAGUGGUUGAGCAGAGUAGUGGCCAAUAUCAUGUGUUAGUGAUCAUAGCCGAUGGACAGGUAACAAGAAGUGUGGAUACGGAACAUGGGCAGUUAAGUCCCCAAGAACAGAAGACUGUCGAUGCAAUUGUGAAAGCAAGUGCACUUCCUUUGUCAAUAGUGUUAGUUGGGGUGGGGGAUGGACCAUGGGACAUGAUGCAGGAAUUUGAUGAUAACAUACCUUCCCGAGCUUUUGAUAACUUCCAAUUUGUGAACUUCACGGAGAUCAUGUCGAAGAACAAAGAGCAGUCUCGGAAAGAGACAGAAUUCGCACUCUCUGCUCUCAUGGAGAUUCCUCCCCAGUACAAAGCCACCAUAGAGCUUGGCCUUUUAGGGCGAAGAAAUGGGAAUAUCCCAGAGAGAAUCCCACUUCCACCUCCGGUGCAUGGCGGAUCAACAUUCUUCAACCCAUCAAAAGCUUCCCCAACACCUAGUUUUGAACCGAGUGUACCUACUUAUCCGAUGGAAAGCAAGGACGUGGACGAUAAUCAGCUAUGCCCGAUAUGUCUGAGCAAUCCCAAAAACAUGGCGUUUGGUUGCGGCCAUCAGACAUGUUGUGAGUGCGGACCAGGCCUUAAGGUGUGUCCUAUUUGUCGUGCACCCAUCCAGACAAGAAUUAAGCUCUACUAACAACAACCAUCUCUCUGUAAAAUAUAUAAUAAUAAGAAAACAAAUGUGUGUGUUCUUUUGUUCUUUGACUGGAUUCCGAAACCCUUAGCUUGUUGGCAUUAAAUGUUAUAUUUUUUGAUUUUUUUUUGACAUCUAUGUGUAAACACCUACAAUAAAAAUAUUGAGUUUUACUUUAAA